AUGUCGGGCCGCUCCAACACUAUCAAGAACAUCCGGUCCAAGAUCAAACAUGAAAACACCACCCUUGGCGCCGGAACAGCCUCUGCCAGCUUCAGCUCGGCGAGGAGCCAGAUCCCACACGUCGGUGACAUCUUUGGUCAGCACCCAGGCUCGGUGUCCAUCGGCGGCAAUGCUACUGGCGCAGCUCCCAGUGGCCUAGGAGCAGGUCCCUCCUACGUCAGCCUUGCCCCAUCCGACUCCGCCUCCAACUACCAGGGAAGGCCCGGCCAUGCACAUUCAUCCUCGACAGCCUCCCGUCAGUUCAACCCACAGCAACAAGGAGCGGGCAUCUACGGUCACGCAGAACCUAGCGCGCAGAGUACAGCAAGCUUCGCGCUGGAUGCAGCCUACUCCAUGUCGGCUAGCAACACGGCCACUUCAUCGCACGGUCGCACGCCUUCGGGGCUGGAGGCAAGCGAUCCUACUCCUCACUCGCCGCUCCGUCCAGCUCGCUCCAUGCGCAGACCACAACAGGCGCCUGAGAUCUCCAAGGGUCUCGCGUCCAUGUCAGCUUCCAGCACGUCUCAGGAUCGGACUCGAGUGGCACCCUCACGACCGCGGCUCCAGAUCCCUCCCGUCGGAUCCAAUCCACGUCCUGCUGCUGGUCCCUCUUCACCUUCCGGCCACGCACCAGGUCGAGACCUCCUCGCUGCCUCCAGAUCGCAAGGAGGAUAUCAUGCCCGCAACACGUCCGCACAGAGCAGCGGCGGCGUGUCCAUCGGCUCGCAUGGCGCCCCGCCACAGGAUCGUCAUGCCCGUUCGGCCCAGCUAAUGACGCAGCUCUCUCAUCCAGGCACUCCGGACUCGGAUGACCGCGAUGACUUCUUCGACGGGCUCUCGCCGGUCGAUACCCCUACUGAAGGUCAUCACCCUGCGCUAUAUAGCAACCAUCCCACCUCCGCCAACAGUCUCUCCGUGCCUGGCCAGCGUCCCCAACGCGAUCCGCGUAGAAGGUCAGGCAUUCCUCUAGGCUCGCUCACAGAAAGUCAGCAGCCCACUGCUCUCAAUUCGGUCCUCUCCGCUCUCACCACCGCAGGCAGGAAGGGUCAAGCAGCACGUAUCAUGCGAGGCACCACCGCCGAAGAAGAGGCGAGUCGCCGUCGCAGCGAAAAGGAGAUCUCCCAGACCUCGCGGCAGGUGCACAAACCGCUCAACAGCUACGUCGAUCGAUCAGAGCCGCGCGCUUUCCAGUCCAUCAAUGCCGUUCUCCGCAAAGUCGAGGCGGAAUGGCCCUUUCUCGCGCAUGACCGCUUCAACUCGGUCGCACUAGCCUUGUCCAUGCUCGACCACAGCAGUCUCGGUGCUAGCCGGUACGAGUUCGAACAGGUCAAGCAGAUCAUCGAAACGUCGCUCCAGGGCACCGUCGACGAUCACUACGAGUCUUUCGCUACAGCUAUCACGCUGCACAACAACGUGUCGCAAGCACUCAAUGCGGCGCAGUCGAGCGUAGGCGGCGCACGCAGGCGGCUGAGGGAUUCGCAAGAGGCCCUAGGAGCGAAACGUGCUGACUUGGUGCAAAUGUGGCAGCGCAGCCAAGCUGUCAAGGAGGCGCUUAAGCUGCUGGACUUGGUCGAACAUCUCAAGUCGAUUCCGGACAAGCUCGAGAGUCUGAUGGCGGAGAAGCGCUUCCUCGAGUCCGUCAACCUGCUCGUCCGAUCCCUCAAGACGAUCGACAAACCGGAGGUUGUCGAGGUGGGCGCAACCAAUGACCUGCGCGCCUACCUCAAAGGACAGGAGCAAGCGAUGCUCGAGAUUCUGAUCGAAGAGCUGCACAACCAUCUCUACCUCAAGAGCUAUUUUUGCGAUGCACGGUGGAAUGUCUACAGUGCCGGACAGGAGCACCUGCCGGCGGUCAAAUUUGGGUCUACGUACGCGGGCGUUGCAAGUGCAGCGACUGGCGAGUCCCGCCCUGCAAUGGGCGGCACCGCUUCGUCUGAAGGUGGCUCAGGAGCAUCGACCGAAUCUCUGCAGCUGACACUGUUCCUGCAGAGCCUCAGAUCGAGACCCACCUUUGAUCCGAAUCUCGCUGCAGACAUUCCCACAUCUGCGCUGAUGACCUCGACCAAGUCCUUCUCUGCACUGACGGGCGAGCUCAGAUCGGGCGGCGCAGAGGAUGCAUCGAUAGGUGGCGGUCCAGGUUCAGAAACGGGAGGCUUCCGCUCAGGUGGCCGAUACGGCGCCGAAUUCGAGCAAAACCCAGAAGCCGACUCCUUCCUCUCCAUCGAGAUGCUCCUCGAGUCCCUCGCACGACUCGGCAAGCUCGGCACAGCGCUCGAUAUUGUCUCGCAACGUCUGGCCAUGGAGAUUCACCAGCUCGUCGAUACGACCAUCGACGAGGUCGACGCACGCAACGAGCCGCUCCGUCGCUUCUCUGUCGCGCUCCGCCCUGAAUCUGUGCUGCUCGCAUCAUCGUCCGCGCUCGCACGCUCCUUCACCGAGUCGAUGCGCACCUCGCGCUCGUCCUUUAACAUCUCGAAGCGGCCCAUGUCGACCAUGCUGCGCAUCUCUGCGGGCGAGACCUCCGCACUGCAACGCGACGGCGAGACCAUGCGAGACCUCUUCUGGACGCUCUUCUCCAAGCUGGACGCUGUCUUGCAGGGUCAUCGCGUGGUAUACGAGGUCGCCGGAAUGAUCGCCAGUCGAGCGGGCUUCAAAGAUGAAAUCGCAUCUCGAAAGCUUUCGGGGGUGGGCUCGCUGCUGCAGGUGUGGAAGCCCAUCCAACAGGAAGUGCGAACGCUGCUGCACGACUACCUGAUGGAUGACGAGGGCGGCAACUCGGCGCGACACGCCGUUGUCUCGGUCAACGACGUGCUGCGGGAUCACAGAUUUGGAAGAGACCGCAGCAAGCAGCUGUUCAAGCUGGCCGAUGCUGGCGUCAAGCGAAGUGUGGGGAGGCGAGAGGUGGGACCGCUGCAGAGGCACCAGCUGGCUGUGACGCAGGCUCUCAAGGCGUCUGUGCCUGGCUUGGUGAGUGCGGGCGACAGCGCCGGCGGCCUGAACGGUGCUCGUCCCGGCAACCAAAUCAUCGUCGCCUCGUCCGGCGCGACUCUAGGCGCUCCAAUCGGCGCUACCACUGCAGGCCGAGGUGGGCGCGGCGUUGAAUCUUUCCACGGCGCCGGCCACCGUCUCCUCGUCAAGCCAGACGCAUUCAACGUGUCAGUCCUCUUCCAGCCCGCCCUCGCGUUCGUCGAACGCGUCGCCGCCGUCAUGCCCUCCGAAGCGGCCGGCGAAACUUCCCGCGGCUUCUCCGCAUUCCUGGACGAAUUCGUCCAAGACGUCUUCCUCCCGCAACUCGAAGAAAAAGUCCAGACGCUCUUCGCAGGCGCCACGUCGCACGCAGACAGCUUCGCCGAAGACCCUGCUUCGCGACACCUCGGCAUGACCGCCGCUUCGCGACCGGUGGUCAAGUCCGCCUCGAACGUCAUCGUGCUCAUCGACAGCCUGUAUAGCAUGCUGCGCACGACGCCGUUCCAUCGCGAGUCGUACUCGCGCUUGAUUGCGAUGGCUAUCAUCCAGUACUACCAGAAGUGCAGCGAGCGGUUCCGCGAUCUAGUCUCUACGCGGGACGAGGGCGAUGACACAGCUGCAACGCGGGUGAACGGGGGAGAGGGCGCAUUUGCACUGUCGGCGAGCUGGGCGCAGAAGCCGGAGAUGGUGGCGUGUCUCGCUGAGCUGCGCGACCCGGCUACCAGCCCGCAGAGGAAGAUGGAGCUCAUGGCGCAGGAGGCGAGGUUCGAGCUGGCCUACGCCAAAGCCAGAGCGACGCCAAUUGCGAUCCACGAGCUCACCACAUCGCGCAAAAAGCUGAUGGCGUUAGGAUGUCUGCAGCACAGUGUCGAGUGGUUUGCGGCCAACAUUGCGCGGCUCAAACCUGUCGUCGAGAAUAGCGCCGAUGGAUUGCAGUCGAAACGACCCAAGGCGAGGUUGAGCGUGGUCGACGUGCUCGCGCUCAACGACGGUCGUACCAUCGACGCCACCAGACCGAGCAACCACGAAGAGCAAGCGGAAGAGUCCCUCCCCCUGCCACUCACGCCCGACCUGGUCGCACGCUACUCGACCCUCUCUUCGGUCUACCACGCCCUCUCCUCCACGCUCCUCUUCACCCUCCGUGUCGAACUGCGUCUUCGCAUCCUCACCUACCUGCACCUGUCCAUCACGGACUCCACCUACGCUGUCAACGAUACACCCCUGGAACCUGCGCCGCACAUCGUGGAGCUCAACUCGGAGCUCUCCUCGCUCGACGACAUCCUCCUCCUCUCCCUUCCCGCGGAAUCUCGCGCCUUCGUGUUUAUAGGCCUCUCCAUGCUCAUCGACACCACCCUCAUCAGCUUGGUGAAAGACCUGUGCGCCGUUAAUCGCGAAGGAACGAAUAAGCUCCUCCGCAACAUCCUCGCCCUUCAGCAGAACCUCAAGAACAUCCUACCCAACAAGGAACCAGAGCUUGAAGUGAGGUUCGAUCGCGCACGUCGGUUCUACGAGCUCCUCUACGCGAAAACGCCGUCCGAGCUGCUGGGUGGGAUGAGGCGAUUCCAACAGACCUUCCGUCACGCUGCAAAGGGGGCGCAGGUGAAAGCGGUCAGGUUUGAAGAGUUGCAGGCCGUACUGCUGCUCGCGUUGGGCGUGGAAAAUGUCGCAAGGCAGAGCGCGGGAGGUGACAGGUUGGGACUGGUUCAGCCAAACGCAGGCACGAUGGGAUUGGACGGCGUGUCAAGGCAGAAGCUCAACGAGUAUCUUAUCGAGCUACACGAGAUUGCUGGUGAGCACGAGUCCGAUGACGAGUGA